AUGGCCGAUCAUCGUGACGUGUAUAUUGUAUCGGCGGUCCGUACGCCUAUUGGGUGCUUUCAAGGCGCGCUCAAGAGCCAAACAGCCGUGGAUCUCGGUGUCGCGGCGGCCAAGGCCGCCAUCGAGCGUGCCAACAUCCAGCCGACCGACAUUCAAGAGGCUCUGAUCGGCUGCGUGCUGCAAGCCCAGUUGGGCCAGUCGCCUGCGCGCCAAGUCGCGCUGCGGGCUGGAUGCCCGCCUUCCACGGAUGCGACGACCGUGAACAAGGUAUGCGCGUCCGGCAUGAAGUGUGUGGCGCUGGGGGCGCAGAGUAUCCGACUUGGCGAAAAUGAGGUGAUUUUGGCCGGUGGUAUGGAGAGUAUGAGUCGGGCGCCGUACUACCUCCAGCGUGGGCUGAUGUUUGGAGACGCAAGUUUAUCCGAUGCUGUUCUGCACGACGGCCUCACAGACGCGCUCAGUCAGCAGCACAUGGGGCAGUGUGCCGAUCAGUCGGCGGAAAAGCAUGGCGUGACUCGCGCGGACCAGGAUGCGUACGCCAUCCAGUCGUACGAGCGCGCCGCCGAGGCGUGGAAGACGGGCAAGUUUGCUGAUGAGAUCGUGCCCAUCACUGUGACGGAAAAGCGUGCGCAGACUGUCGUGGCGGAGGACGAAGAGUACCACAAGUUUCGGCCAGAGAAAAUGUCGGCGCUCCGCCCGGCGUUCGGACAGAAUGGCACCGUGACCGCCGCAAAUGCAAGUGCCCUGAGCGAUGGUGCGAGUGCGCUUAUUCUCGCGAGUGGGGAGGCCGUCAAACGACAUGGCCUCACACCGCUGGCGCGCGUGGUGAGCUGGGCGGAUGCGGCGUGUGAGCCCGUCGACUUUCCUACCGCACCGGCGCUCGCGAUGCCCAAGGCCCUCGCGCGCGCCGGUCUGACGCACGAUCAAAUCGCGCUGUGGGAAAUCAACGAGGCGUUUGCCGUCGCGGCGCUCGCCAACGCCCAGCUCCUCCAUCUUGACCUCGCACGCGUGAAUACCCGUGGUGGCGGUGUAUCGCUGGGCCAUCCCAUCGGCAGCUCAGGCGCACGCAUUGUCGUGACACUCACGCAUGCACUGCAGCCGGGCGAGUUUGGCGUUGCAGGCAUCUGCAACGGCGGCGGCGGUGCAUCGGCCGUGGUGAUACAGAAACUGUAG